GCUCGCGGCGGGGGAGGGCGGGGGCGCGGGGUGCCCCCGGGUCGGGCGCGGCCGAUGUGCCUGCGGACUGGUGGUUCCUGCGACCUGCGGGUCAGAGUCUUGCCACUGGCCCUCGCUUGGACUGGAUGCUCCUUGCUGCCCACAAGAUGGCACCUCGUGGGUGUGUUGACCAUCUACCGCCCUUCCCUUGAGUGACUGCUACUUGUAGAAGACACGAAUGGACGAAUGGAUGAGCAGGAGAGGCAGGCCUCCUGGAGCCGAGGUGCCGGCACGUGGUUGAGGAGAUGGACGGGGCGUGUGCCCUCAACACGCUUGGCCUCUAGUGAAAGAGACAGGCCGGGACAAAUAGUGCUGUGUCUGGUGUCCAACCUCCGCCGGCUCGGGAAGCUGCUGGAGGCGCCUGUGGCCUGUGCCCGUGAGGGAGUGGGCCGUGGUGGCAUGGGAGUCUUCCAAGGCUAGUGCAAGCCGCCUGCUGUCUGCAGCCUGACCAACCGCUCUUCGAAAGCAGGCCCUCCGGGAGACGUGGUUGCCAGGCCUGCCGUGCCCCUGGUACUCUGGCUGCUUAGACCGGCUCACACUGGGGCACUGGGGGCUGAGACCCCGGGACUCUGUGGGCACACCCUGCCCUGGCCUCUCUGGCUGCACCUCCUUGUUAGCACUGAUGUACUGACCCUGGUGGGAGAGGGGAGGGAAGGCCAGGGCAUGGCUGCUCCCCGGCCCCACCCAGGAUCCUGAGCCUGGAAGGUGAAGGGGCUUCCGGAACUCCCAAGGUCUCCCAGGGGCCUCUGCCCAUUGCCCUGCCCUCCCUUUGCCCUCACUGAAGUACCAGGACACUGCAACUUUGUUAUCUGGGUAAUUAGCUUCAGACCCUGGACUGAGGCUGGCCAGGUCCUGGGGUGCUUCCCACAGGUGCACCCUGACCCCAGGAGGGAGGUGAGGCCCUGCCCGUUGAGCAGCUGAGGUGCCAGGGCUCUUGAGAGGCAGGCUACCCUUCCUGCCUGGGGUCCGUGUCCUUCAGGAUUGCCUGGAGCCUCGUGACCCAGCCUUGCCAGGGGCAGAGGGCACCACCGAGCCUUAGGAAGGGGAUGCCCCCAAAGGUGCUGGUCCAACCAGCUGCCCCAGUGCACAGGCCCAGUUUGGCCCCUGUGCUCCCCCAUCUGGUGCCCCGUGCAGCCCCCCUGGCAGGUAGCCCCCGCCAUGGCCGAGCACCUGGAGCUGCUGGCAGAGAUGCCCAUGGUGGGCAGGAUGAGCACGCAGGAGCGGCUGAAGCACGCCCAGAAGCGACGUGCCCAGCAGGUGAAGAUGUGGGCCCAGGCUGAGAAGGAGGCCCAGGGCAAGAAAGGGCACCGGGAGCGGCCGUGGAAGGAGGCCCCCGGUGGCAGGCCGCAGAAGCGGGUCCUCUUCCCUCCCAGCGUCACCCUUCUGGAGGCUGCUGCCCGAAAUGACCUGGAGGAAGUCCGCCAGCUCCUCGACAGUGGGGUCAGCCCUGACCUGGCCAACGAGGAUGGCCUGACGGCCCUGCACCAGAGCUGCAUCGAUGACUUCCGAGAGAUGGUGCAGCAGCUCCUGGACGCCGGGGCCAAGGUCAAUGCCCGUGAUAGUGAGAGCUGGACGCCCCUGCACGCUGCGGCCACCUGCGGCCACCUACACCUGGUGGAGCUGCUCAUUGCCCGCGGUGCUGAUCUCUUGGCCGUCAACACUGAUGGGAACAUGCCUUAUGACCUAUGUGAGGAUGAGGGGACGCUGGACUUCCUGGAGACAGCCAUGGCCAACCGUGGCAUCACCCAGGACAGCAUCGAGGGGGCCCGGGCCUUGCCAGAGCUGCAUAUGCUGGACGACAUCCGUGGCCUGCUGCAGGCGGGAGCCGACAUCAACGUCCCCCAGGACCACGGGGCCACGCUGCUACACGUCGCGGCUGCCAAUGGGUUCGGCGAGGUGGCUGCCCUGCUGCUGGAACACCAGGCCAGCCCGAGUGCCAAGGACCAGGACGGCUGGGAGCCGCUGCACGCUGCAGCCUACUGGGGCCAGGUGCACCUGGUGGAGCUGCUUGUGGCACAUGGGGCCGACCUGAACGGGAAGUCUCUGAUGGAUGAGACGCCUCUUGACGUGUGUGGGGAUGAAGAGGUGCGCACCAAGCUGCUGGAGCUGAAGCACAAGCACGACGCUCUCCUGCGUGCCCAGGGCCGCCAGCGCUCUCUGCUGCGCCGCCGCACCUCGAGCGCGGGCAGCCGGGGGAAGGUGGUGAGGAGGGUGAGCCUGACCCAGCGUACCAGCCUGUACCGCAAGGAGCAUGCCCAGGAGGCCAUCGUGUGGCAACAGCCACCGCCCACUAGCCCGGAGCCCCCCGAGGAGGACGAGGAUGGCCGAACGGAUGCAGAGCUGCGGCCUGUGCCCAGCGAGGAGGAGGAACCAGAGUUGGCCAGGCCACACAACGGCCGCGUGGGAGGUUCCCCAGGGCGGCACCUGUACUCCAAGCGGCUGGACCGGAGCGUGUCCUACCAGCUGAGCCCCCUGGAGAGCACCACCCCUGACGCCCUGGCCUGCGCCAAGGCCCACCACACCCUGGCGGAGCUGAAGCGCCAGCGAGCCGCUGCUAAGCUGCAGCGACCCCUGCCCGAGGGCUCCGAGGGUGCUAAGCUGGGGCUGCCCGUGGACCCCGAGAGCCCCCAGCCAUGCAGCCCCAGGGCCGCCGGAGACCCGCCCCUGCUGAGGCUCACAGCGCCCUCGGAGGAGGCCCCCACGGAGAAGAGGCCCUGCUGUCUGCUCAUGUGAGGCUGCCCUCGGGCGACCGACGACGCCCUGCUCCGGACCCCGGUGCUGCUGAUGGGGGACGGCCCCUGGCAGAAGUCGUGCGGGGGGACCUGCUGCGGAGACCUAGUUUCAUCCUGUGACUCCUGAUAAAGGGCUGUUCCGCCA